CGUGAAUAUAAAUUCCAUUGCCCAUUCCUCUGCUUCGUUAGCAUCUGAGGAAUUUGCGUCUCUUUGUAGCACCUACUUUUGCGUUGGGUGUUUGCUCGUCGCACACUGUACCGCUGCUCCAGAUCAUCCUUGUCAGAAUUUCAGUGGUACCUGCUCAAAGUUACGGGGAGCUGUUUCCAAACCUAGAAAACAAAAUCGGAAGACGAGACGCUGUUCGGUGUGUACGAAAGUCGUGAAGCUUUAUCAUCAGUGUGGCAUUGGAAACUGUUAUAUUUACGAUCCAGCCUGCUUCUUUCAGCUCAGGAGCUUGCUAACGAUGGGGGAUGAAGAUCAGCAAUGGGUUAAAUACAAGGACGAUUAUCACGAAGGCGUUUGGGCGAAGGAUGUUUUAGAAAUUCCUUUUCUUGAGGGCUUUUUUAAGAGUUUUGCAGAGGAGAAGCUCAAACAAGGGAAGCCCUGGAAAGCCCUAGAUGUGGGAUGCGGAAUGGGCAAAUACACGACAAGGUUACUGCGAGCCGGUGCAAGUUACGUGCUAGCAAUUGACGUUGCGGCAGAAAUGGUCGCAGGUGCAAAGAAAGAAACGGAACAGUUCCUCCUUGCGCACAGAUCAGGAGGACCAGCAGGAAUAGGUGAAGCCGAAUUCCACGUCUGCUCUGCAGCGCAUUUGACCAGUAUUCCGAGAAUCGAGGAGACGACGUUUGACUUGGCGAUUUGCAUAUACCUCUUCUGCAAUCUCGUAUCCAAAGAAGAUGUCAAGCAGGCGCUUGGCGAGAUCUCUAAGCUGCUCAGGCCUGGUGCGUCGCUCAUCGUCUAUGAGUUGCAUUUCGUGGAAUACCUUACUGGAACAGCUCACGAGAGGGGAGAUGUUGAAUAUGUACCGAAAGCAGAUGGUACGGGAUACAAAUAUUUCGAAGACGAGGGCAAACCACGAACGUUGAGGAUUCGCAUGAAAUCUGGACGUCAAAUUGAAAUUGUGAACCGGUUCUAUACUCUCUCAUUUUGGGUCACUGCACUCUCCGAGGCGGGGUUCCAAAUAACACAGUUUCACGAACCGCAUACAAGUCUUACAGAUGUUCCUUCCGAUGCACCCAGCUUCAUGAGGCACUACGCUGAGCGUCCAACUGCCAUGUGUUGGGUGUGCACUAAAGUGUCCCAGUGACAACAGAUGUUUGAUACGAAGUGGUUCUCUUCAUGUAAGAAUAUGCAAUUAGCAGACAUGUAUUAUUGCUACAAUGAAGUUCGAGGACUUUUAUUUUCAUCCAUGUGAAGCUGAGAGGGUACUGACUGCAUUAAUUGCAGCCACACUGCCAUCUCCGCCGAUUUCUUUGAAUAGUGCAACAUUCCAUUUUAAAAGGUUCAACUUCA